AUGAGCGAAACACUCCCAAGCCAACGGUCGACGGAGGAAUCCGAUCUUCUGGAGAGAAGCACCAAGAAGCCGAAACGCAGCGACGAAGGGAGGGCACACCUGGGGAUGGUUGCGGUGGGGGAUCAUGCACUGCAUGCGGACGUGGAAAUGGUGAACGAGACACCCCUCGGAGAAAUGGCGGACGAUCGUGGGGGCUCGCUGGUGCAUGAGUCGGAAGAGAGGGCGUCAGAAGCACCAGCCAGCCAGCGUGCAUCAACGGAGAUGAUCGCAACACAUCGCAGAUCCUACGCAGAUAGUGUGACAGGCCAGAACGCCGAGGGAGGAGACACACUGGAGGGAGGAUCGGAAGAGGAUGCUGAUGAGAUCUCGGAUGAUGAAGAUGAUGAUCCUUUAUGCCCUACGAUCAGGCUGACGAAAGCGGAGGUGGCAGCAAUUCGGGCACCCUGGCGGAAGGCUCUCAUCAUCAAGGUAAUGGGUAGGAAAGUGGGAUACGCAUAUCUGCUGAGGAGGCUAACCUCCAUGUGGAAACUAAAAGGUAGCUUGGAUCUAAUUGCUAUUGACAAUGAUUAUUUUUUAGUUCGUUUUGGAUCAGUGGAGGAUCUUGAAUUUGCUAUGUUUGAGGGGCCUUGGAUGGUUUUGGAUCACUACUUGCUAGUGAAGCCUUGGGUCCCUGAUUUCGAUCCUUACUCAGAUACCACAGAAAAAGUGUUGGUGUGGGCACGGAUCCCAUGCAUACCGGCGGAGUAUUACAACUAUAUUUUCCUUAGGAAACUAGGGAACAAGGUGGGCAGAACGAUCCGAGUAGAUCAGGCAACAAGUCUGGUUUCGAGAGGGAUGUUUGCGCGUAUAUGCGUGGAGGUGGAUAUUACCAAGCCACUCAUUUCAAAAUUCAAAUAUAACGACAAGGUGCGGUCAGUCGCUUACGAAGGCAUUCACAUGAUCUGUUUUUCUUGCGGCAUCUACGGCCAUGCAACCGAUAACUGCCCAUCGAAGGUUAUAGAAAAGACGACAGAGGAAAACUUGCCAGAGGGGAACGCACAAGGGCAGGCCACCGCGGUGGAGAAGGCUGGGCAUGGGAACCAGGGAACCAUUAUUGGUUCCGAACCUUUUGGCAUUUGGAUGAUAGCCCCGGGACGUAAGCAGAGGGCUAGACCUAAACAUCAAGUAAGCAAUAUGGGAGCAGCAGGAGAACGAAGAGUGGGAGGAAACGCGCGGAGACCAAAUGGAAUCCAGGCAUCACGUUUUGCCCCUUUAAAUAAUCAAGAGGAAGAUGGUGGAGGUCAGGAAGAGGGUGAGCCAAAUAGAGAGCCUGAACAAGGAGGAGCUGCGGAGCAUACUGAACAGAACAAUGAAUCAGCGCAGGGGGCAGGGUCAAUGGGGAAUAACACAAGAAGGCCGAAUGUGAGAGCAUCUGAGCGUCAAAUACUAAACGAGCCAUGUGUGGGGAAUGGAACAGGGAGCAAGGGGGGAGAGCAAGCAAUUAGAGCUCGAAGGGGCGGUGGUUCUAGUCUCAGGCGCGCAGCGGAGGAGGACAAAUAUGUGGUCAUUAGAGGCGCGCAAGGUGGAUUGGUUAUCAGUUCGACGCGGGUGGUCCAUGGUGAUAGGGCGGAUGACCUCCCUUCGCCGGUUUGGCAAGCCACCAACGAGCACCACAAUGAUCCGCCGGGUCACCUAGAUGAGGAGGGCGACGUAGUCAUGGCACUAGACAGGAGUGUGUCGCAGCACGAGGGAGAAGGGGGCACAGAUGCCCAUUUACUUUGGAAUUGCCAAGGGGCGAGUGGGAAGUCAUUCCACCGCGCCCUCAGUAACCUCUUAAAGGUCCAUAAGCCGAACAUUUUAGGGCUCUUUGAACCUAAAGUGUCAGGGACCCAGGCUAACAAAAUUUGUAAUAAGCUCGGGUUUUCUGACUGGGUCCGUGUGGAAGCAAUCGGCUUCAGCGGAGGUGGAGAAACCGGGACAGGGUCCUUGGUUUUUCUCCCGGUGUAUGGAAGCCCGACACAUCAUCUCCGACGCCUCCGGUGGAACGAUCUCAGGCAAUCUAAGAGGGCCAUCUCCGGCCCUUGGUUGGUGGCCGGAGAUUUUAACUCAGUCGUACAAAGGGAGGAAACAAGAAACUACAGUUCGUUCUCUAUGCAAAGAAGCUCGGACUUUGUGAACUGGAUCCAAGAGGAAGGACUUAUAGACCUGGGCUUCUCCGGGCCAAGUCUCACCUGGGUAAAGGAUGGCUCAGAAAACGACUUCAAAGGGGCCCGCCUAGAUCGAGCCCUAUGCAAUACGGAGUGGCGUACUAGCUUUCCAGAUGCAAGCGUAUCCCACCUUCCUAGAAUAGCUUCUGAUCACGCUCCUGUUCUGAUUCAUACCGAAAAGAAUAGGAGGAGAUCAAGUCCACCUUGUUUCAUGUAUCAAGCAGCUUGGCCCACGCCCCCAGAUUUCCUUAAUGUGGUCCGGCGAGAUUGGAUGACAACCCGUGAGAUCCCGAACAACGUGUCAAACGUAGCUGGGAAGCUGGCGGACUGGAAUAAAGCACAUUUCGGGAAUAUUUUUAUCAGGAAGAAGAUCUUGCUAGCCAGGCUAGGAGGUAUCCAAAGUAGGCUGGCAAUAUCCUUCCACAGAGGGUUGGCUAAGUUAGAGAGGAAAUUGAGGGCAGAUCUUGAAGAAAUUCUUCACCAGGAAGAACUUUUUUGGUAUCAAAAGUCCAGGGAAGAAUGGAUUGCUUCAGGAGAUAGAAAUACUGCUUAUUACCACGCGGCGACAACAAUUCGUAAAUCAAGGAACAAUGUGACGAGAUUGCAAGAUAAAAAUGGCAACUAG